UGUAAGCUUUUUAGCAUCCACAGCUUAAAUCCUGAGUGAUUUGCCUGGAAUAAAUAAUGCAUUACCCCAAAUAGGAGAGAACUGAGAUAAUACAGGUGUCGAGCCAAAUUCAGCCUGUGACUCAUGCCAUACUAAAAUGGUAGUUCUAGCAAACGGGUUAGAUGUAUUCUGUUUGAGUCUUUUUAAAGAAUCAGAAUAUGUCAGUAUGUGUCAAGACUCAAACCUCCUGUGCCUUUUCUUUCAAUCUGAACCCAUGGAAUAUGCGAUGGGUCAGCAAACCAAAAACAUGCUGAUCUCAGUUGGGAUGCCUUAAAAUACCAAAAAAGGUUAGGAAAUUGCAGCCCACUUCAUUUGUAUGAGAGAUACAUAAGUGAUACAGAAGUGUCUCUUAUUCCAGAUAAAUUUAACAAAUGCCUUCUUCAUACUGGUAAAAAGGAAGGGGGAGGUGUUAAGGGGAUUGACUGAUAUUUUCAGUUAUGUUGACAUUUUUGUGAUUUUUCAGUAAGGCAUUGUGUGUUCUGGAUGGUUCUCUCAAGUUUUGCUGUGUAUUUAUGCUUGGCCGUGAUAUUUUUCUGAACCUCUGUCUGUUUCAUAUGGGUGUGAUGGUCAGGUAUUAGGGUUACUUUUAGGGAUAACGGGGUUAGGGUUAGGGAUACUUUUGGCAUAUAUACAGUUGCAAUAAAAAUUAUUCAACCCCCAUUGCAAAUACACACACACACACACACACACACACACACACAUAUAUAUAUAUACAUAUAUAUAUAUAUAUAUAUGUAUAUAUAUAUUAGUGUAUACAGGUUUUUUUUUAUGUUUUUGAUUUUUUUUGUUUGCUUUCUGUGGGAUACAGUAAGUCCUGCUCCAGUCUAUAAUUGUUAUUUUAUUUUAUUUAUUUAGAGUCUAUUAUCAGUUCAUUCAGGAUAAUGUAUUCGUAUUCAGUAUACAUGAAUGAAUGUUGAGAAAGUGUGUAUGUUCAAGGCUUUCACUGUUUCAAACUAAGUGGCCUCCCACAGGAACAGGUAUCUUCUGUCUGUCUCUCUCUCCCUCACUCACCCGCUGUGUGCUGCUGUUAGACUAGUGUGACUGCUUUAAUGAUGCUCUGGGGUGUGUGUGCAUGUGUGUGUGUGUGUGAUGGAGAUUAUCUGGUAUCCUGGAGUGUUCACCUGCUAAACUCUGACUGUGUGACAUUACUGAACCUCAGAUCAGAUCAGUGGGCUUGAAGUCUUCAUCUUCAUAUGUGAUCAUACAAUCUCAGAUUUCUGUGUGAGCUCUGUGUGAGUGACCCAACUGUGUGUGUGUGACCUCUGUGUGCCUGACCUCACUGUAGGGGUGUGUGUGUGUGUAUGUGUGUGUGUGUGUGUGACCUCUGUGUGCGUGACCCUUCCCACAGCUGUGUUUGGAGUAGAUUAAUGUUAAAUGCAGUAAUGAUUUUGAAGUGUUUCAGCACCACGGACAGCCACAGACAAAACUCGGUUUUACACAGUUAUUAGUCAGUAAAUUAAGCACAUUUUCAGUCCCCAGCUCUUUAAGAGUGGAAUUACGCAGGGUCAUGAAGGAGGAGUUGAAGGAGAAAGUGAAGGAGGACUUGAAGGAGGAAGUGAAGGAAAACGUGGUGUUGUUCACUGUGAAAUCUCUGUGCACUAAUUCUGAAGUGUGUGCUGUGAUCAGGAUAUCGCUCUUUACUUCGCCAUAAAGAAACAAACGUCUCUUUUAUAAUUCUUGGCCUGAUACCGGAGUGGAAAAAUACACACACGUUUCCGGUUCUCGGGUCAGUGUGACUCUCCAUCUUUUUCUCACUGAAGGAACAUGAGACGAGAACAUGAGAUUGGCUGCAGGGACUGAGUGCACGCGCUCUACCGGGUGUCCGCGUGCUAGAAGGCGGAUAAGCACUAUGCAGGGGCGCAGAGGGGUGCGGGGUCGCGUGCGUCACGUACUGCAGUAGAUACACGGAGAUUUGGUCAGAUGCACGCGCGCCGCUGAAUUUAUCACCUCCUCGUUAUAGCGCUACGCGUCGGAGCCGAUUCACCGGUGUACCGGGCCCGUGCUCACUCCGGGUUUUUUUUUCUCCAUAGAAAGCGAACGAGAGCGCCCCCACCCUUCCUCCUUCACGGUCACCCCCUCCCCCUCUCGCUACCGGAGAGGACCAAGAGGAAAAGAGAAGUCACUGGUCGCUCGAGGAGGACAGCCGAGCCGAGACCAGCCGAAGGACGCACGGCGGAGGCGGGAGAAUCAUGUGCAUGUCCUCGCGUGCGGCUCACUGCGCCGACAACCGGAGCGCGGCCGGAAUGGGCGGCCGGAACCGUCGCCGUCGUCUUUCUACCACUGACGCUUCUUCCGUUUCUCUUGAUGGGAUUUUAUAACGCUCGAACACCGGAGUGCGCCUGAAGGAUGACACCUCAUCUGUGAAGAAACCGAGCAAACGAUCGAUUAUCGGGAUCCGUUUUCUUUUCUGUUCUUUUCGACAAGCUGUGAUUGCAAAGAAAUGAACAAUUCACCGUCACAUCUGUAUUUAUAAGGCCGGGAGGACUGCUGCCGGUAAUGUGUGCGGGUGAAGAGAGCGCGAGGCGUCGGGAGGCAGAAUGAGCAUCACUACACUGUACCGAAUAUUGCGGAUGUUUCGAAAUAAAUAAAUAAAUACACCGAUUUCUCCCCUUUUUCCCUUGAUAAGAAGAAGUGAACGGGGCGCACGAGAUUUGAUCAAAAUGCCGAGUUGGAAAAAACGUUAAAGACCCGAACUGUUUUUGUAUCGAUUCAUAUGGUCAUAUUUUCAGGAUGAUCUGAAACGUUUAUGGCCUUUACAGCGCGAGCGGUGAAGAAGAGACCGUGUCCGUGUCCGAGCUGUCUAACGGAGGGACAGGCAUUUUUUCCCCCUACAAACUCAUUAAGAUGGAGCCACAGAAAAGAUGAAGCUUUAUCGGAGGUAAAAUUGGAGCCGAUGACGGGAGGUGAUGUUGAAUGUAGAAGUGAGGUGAGGAAGAACAGCCGAUUCUGAACUGAAGCGAGCAAGGAGACUGAACGACCCGUUUUUGUUUCUUUUCUUUUUUUGUGACUUUUGCUAAUCAAACCUCAGCGCUUGUCUCCCUUUUCAUUUCUCCUUUCAUUUUUCUUACAACUGAGAUAAACACCGCGUAAAUCUCCGCGCGCCUCCGGUAUGUGAUGUGUGGGAUGUAAUGUGGUGUGGUCGUCGCGCGGAACCUUCACCCCCUUCAUCCCUCCCGCUUCGUGAAGACUGGCGUUCGGCGCGUGCAGAAUGGCGCGGUUCACAGACGAGGCGCCGGCCCGGUACGGUGGAGGUGGAGGUGGCAGUGCAGUGGCGCAUGCGCACGGGCAGGGCGGCGCGGCGCGCGGGGCCAGCAGGCAGGGCGGCCCACCGGGAGCGCAGCGCGUGUACAAGCAGUCGAUGGCCCAGCGCGCGCGCACCAUGGCCCUGUACAACCCCAUCCCGGUGCGACAGAACUGCUUGACAGUCAACCGCUCCCUGUUCAUCUUCAGCGAGGACAACUUUGUGAGAAAAUACGCCAAAAAGAUCACCGAGUGGCCUCCAUUUGAGUACAUGAUCCUGGCCACCAUCAUCGCUAACUGCAUUGUCCUGGCUCUGGAGCAACAUCUCCCUGAUGGUGACAAGACACCAAUGUCUGAACGCCUGGAUGACACAGAACCUUAUUUCAUUGGCAUCUUCUGCUUUGAAUCUGGUAUUAAGAUUCUGGCUCUGGGAUUUGCCUUCCAUAAGGGCUCCUACCUCCGAAAUGGCUGGAACGUCAUGGACUUUGUGGUGGUUCUGACUGGAAUUCUAUCGACAGUGGGCUCAGACUUUGACCUGAGGACUCUGCGGGCCGUCAGAGUGCUGAGACCCUUGAAGCUGGUGUCUGGAAUUCCCAGCCUGCAGGUGGUGCUCAAAUCCAUCAUGAAGGCCAUGAUCCCUCUGCUGCAGAUUGGCCUGCUGCUCUUCUUCGCCAUUCUCAUGUUUGCCAUCAUUGGCCUUGAGUUCUACAUCGGCAAAUUUCACACUACCUGCUUUGAUGACAUCACUGGGGAAAUUCGGGAAGAGUUUCCAUGUGGAACUGAUCCCCCCUCUCGACUCUGUCCAAAUGGUACAACCUGUAAGAGAUACUGGCUUGGACCGAACUAUGGAAUCACGCAGUUUGACAACAUCCUGUUUGCUGUUCUCACCGUCUUCCAGUGCAUCACUAUGGAGGGCUGGACAGAUCUUCUGUACUAUAGUGAUGACGCCUCGGGUAGUGCAUGGAACUGGAUGUACUUUGUCCCCCUCAUCAUCAUCGGCUCCUUCUUCAUGCUCAACCUGGUACUCGGAGUGCUCUCUGGUGAAUUUGCUAAAGAGCGAGAGCGGGUGGAGAACCGCAGUGAGUUCCUGAAGCUGAGGCGACAGCAACAGAUUGAGAGAGAACUGAACGGAUAUCUGGAGUGGAUCUGCAAAGCAGAGGAAGUGAUUCUGGCUGAUGAGGACAAUGACGGUGAUGACCGGAUGCCCUUUGAUGGAUCACGGAGAAGACCAACACUGAAGAAGAGCAAAAAUGACCUGCUUAACCCAGACGAGGGAGACGGAGACCUUGCUUUAGGGUCUCCAUUUGCUCGUGCCAGCCUGAAGAGCUCCAAGCUCGAGGGCUCGUCCUUUCGAAAGAAGGAGCGACGGCUGCGUUUUUUUAUCCGUCAUGUUGUGAAAACGCAGGCUUUCUACUGGACUGUUCUAUGUUUAGUUGGUCUGAACACGCUCUGUGUGGCCGUGGUCCACUACGACCAGCCCGAGCUGCUGUCUGACUUCUUGUACUUUGCAGAGUUUAUAUUUCUGGGUAUUUUCAUGUCAGAGAUGUGUAUUAAGAUGUAUGGACUUGGGACUCGGCCAUAUUUUCACUCUUCCUUUAACUGCUUCGACUGCAUCGUCAUAUGUGGCAGUAUUUUUGAGGUGCUCUGGGCGAUGAUCCAGCCUGGGACAUCGUUUGGGAUUAGUGUAUUACGUGCUCUCAGGUUACUAAGGAUCUUCAAAGUGACCAAGUACUGGGCCUCCUUGAGGAAUCUGGUGGUGUCUCUGCUGAACUCCAUGAAGUCCAUCAUCAGCUUGCUCUUCCUCCUCUUCCUCUUCAUCGUGGUCUUUGCUUUGCUUGGCAUGCAGCUGUUUGGAGGACAGUUUAAUUUUGAAACAGGCACACCGCCAACAAACUUUGAUACAUUUCCUGCAGCAAUAAUGACCGUGUUUCAGAUUCUGACAGGUGAGGACUGGAACAUGGUGAUGUACGAUGGCAUUGAGUCUCAGGGAGGAGUCAACAAGGGCAUGGUGUUCUCCAUCUUCUUUAUUGUUCUCACACUCUUUGGCAACUAUACGUUGCUGAAUGUGUUCUUGGCCAUUGCUGUAGAUAAUCUGGCCAAUGCACAAGAGCUGACCAAGGAUGAGCAGGAGGAAGAGGAAGCAGCCAAUCAGAAAAUGGCUCUUCAGAAGGCAAAGGAAGUGGCGGAAGUGAGUCCACUGUCUGCUACCAAUCUGUCCAUUGCAGCUAAGGAGCAGCAGAAGAACCAUAAGGGUUCUAAGUCGGUGUGGGAACAGCGCACUAGCGAGCUCCGGAGGCAGACACUGAUGACCAGCAGGGAGGCACUGUACAAUGAGCUGGACCCUGAGGACCGCUGGAAGGUAUCAUACUCCCGCCACAUCCGACCUGAUAUGAAGACUCACCUGGACCGGCCGCUUGUGGUGGACCCUCAAGAAAACCGAAACAACAACACUAACAAGAACAGGCCAGGUGAGGAGCUUCUACACAAACGGCCUCUGUUCCAUUCUACAGUAGUAGGUGGGGGAAGAGGAGGAGGAUCUGCUCCAGCCCAGACUCUGGAGAGAGGAGAAUCCACAGAGUCUCACCAAAGCUGCAGGAAGGCUGAGAACCAGAGGCAUGCUGGCACAGAGGGCACUGAGGUGAGCACGAGGGAUCCACACCGGAAGAGAGAACAUCGCGGGCAAAGAACUGGACGCACUCACCAACACCGCAAGGUUGUGGAUGAAGAAGCUGAGAAUGGUGGAGGAGGCAGGAGGCACCGAAACAAGUACAUAGAGGGGGGUGUGGAAGGCGAGCACGCAGACGGAGCUGAGAGGAGACAGAGGUGUCACCGACAUGGAGAGAAAGAAGGGCGGAGGGAAAGAGGAGAGCAGGGGGAGAGGGGCCGACACCGCAGGAAGGAGGGCCCUACUUUGUCCACCACUCGCCCCAUUCAGAAGACUCUGUCUAGGCAGGACAGCCAGUACAGUGAGGACCUGGACAAUGUGAUGAACAGUAAGCUUGCUACCCAGCCACUGGUUCCCUCAGAUCCCCGUGGGCCAAGCAGCCGCUCCACACUCCACUCCAGCCUCCUCAGCCUGGUUAGCAGUACCCACGGUUCCCGCCUGGCUCCCAUGGUCACAGAUAGCAGUUUUAUUCUCACCGACCCUGCCUCCACCAACAUUCAUCUGGAUGCCAAGCCAGACUACACAGCCAUAGACAUGCCACCCAUGUUCCCUUCUGCCAAUGCCAUCCUACAAGUCAAUAAGAAUGCCAAUACAGAACCUCUGCCUAAGAAGGAGGAUACAAAAGGUGACGAUGAUGAUGAUGACAAAGAUGACGGAGGGCCUAAGCCUAUGCCCCCUUACAGCUCUAUGUUCAUCCUGUCCACUACUAACCCAUUUCGCAGGUUGUGUCACUAUAUUGUGACCCUGAGGUACUUUGAGAUGUGCAUCCUGCUGGUCAUUGCUAUGAGCAGUAUUGCUCUUGCUGCUGAAGACCCUGUGUGGCCCGAAUCCCCCCGGAACAAUGUUCUGCGUUAUUUUGACUACGUGUUCACAGGUGUGUUCACCUUUGAGAUGCUUAUAAAGAUGGUGGAUUUGGGUUUGGUACUUCAUCAGGGCUCAUAUUUCCGUGACCUGUGGAACAUUCUGGACUUUAUAGUGGUCAGUGGUGCCCUGGUAGCCUUUGCCUUCACAGGAAGCAGUAAGGGGAAGGACAUCAGCACCAUCAAGUCCCUGCGUGUGUUAAGAGUCUUAAGACCACUGAAAACCAUCAAACGCCUGCCCAAGCUUAAGGCUGUGUUCGACUGCGUGGUGAACUCGCUGAAAAAUGUGCUGAACAUCCUCAUUGUCUACAUGCUCUUCAUGUUCAUCUUCGCUGUGGUGGCCGUGCAGCUCUUCAAGGGAAAAUUCUUCUACUGCACCGACGAGUCCAAGGAAUUUGAACGUGACUGCAGGGGUGAAUAUCUGGUGUAUGAGCGAGAUAAUGAAGUGAAGGCGCAGAAACGAGAAUGGAGGAAAUACGAUUUCCACUAUGACAAUGUGCUUUGGGCUUUGCUUACACUCUUCACUGUUUCCACGGGAGAAGGCUGGCCACAGGUUCUGAAACACUCCGUCGAUGCGACUUAUGAGAAUCAGGGUCCAAGUCCUGGUUACCGCAUGGAGAUGUCCAUCUUUUACGUGGUCUAUUUCGUGGUCUUCCCCUUCUUUUUUGUCAACAUCUUUGUUGCCCUGAUCAUCAUUACCUUCCAGGAACAAGGGGACAAGAUGAUGGAGGACUACAGCCUGGAGAAGAAUGAGAGAGCCUGUAUUGACUUCGCCAUCAACGCCAGGCCUCUGACUCGCCACAUGCCGCAGAACAAGCAGACGUUCCAGUACCGCAUGUGGGAGUUUGUGGUGUCGCCACCGUUUGAGUACACAAUCAUGGCCAUGAUCGCCCUCAACACCAUUGUGCUCAUGAUGAAGUAUGACGAAGCUACAGAUGCCUAUGAGAAAAUGUUAGCCAACCUGAACAUUGUGUUCACAUCAUUGUUCUCUUUAGAGUGUGUGUUAAAAAUCAUCGCCUUUGGUGCACUGAAUUAUUUUAAAGAUGCCUGGAACAUCUUUGACUGUGUAACGGUCCUUGGCAGCAUCACUGAUAUUUUAGUCACAGAGCUGGGGAAUAACUUCAUCAAUCUGAGUUUUCUGAGACUCUUCAGGGCUGCUCGUCUUAUUAAGCUCCUCAGGCAGGGUGAAACUAUUCGCAUCCUACUCUGGACUUUUGUUCAGUCUUUUAAGGCCUUGCCAUAUGUGUGCCUACUCAUUGCUAUGCUGUUCUUCAUCUAUGCCAUCAUUGGCAUGCAGCUGUUUGGGAACAUUGCAAUCGAGGAAGACCGAGACAGCUCCAUUAACCAACAUAACAACUUCAGGACUUUUUUCCUGGCUCUUAUUCUGCUUUUCAGGAGUGCAACAGGAGAGGCAUGGCAUGAUAUCAUGCUGUCGUGUUUGGGAGGGAAGGUCUGUGAUCCCCUCUCUGGGAACUCGGAGCCAGAGUGUGGAAGCGAGUUUGCAUAUCUUUACUUUGUCUCCUUCAUCUUCCUCUGUUCCUUCCUGAUGUUGAAUCUCUUUGUGGCUGUUAUAAUGGAUAAUUUUGAGUACCUGACAAGAGACUCCUCAAUUCUGGGACCUCAUCACCUAGAUGAGUAUGUGAGGAUCUGGGCAGAAUACGACCCUGCAGCCUGCGGGCGCAUUCAUUAUAAGGAUAUGUACAGUUUAUUGCGAGUUAUCGACCCCCCACUGGGCUUAGGAAAGAAAUGCCCUCAUAGGGUGGCCUGCAAGAGACUCCUGCGAAUGGAUUUGCCGGUUGCAGAUGACAACACAGUGCACUUCAAUUCCACCCUCAUGGCCUUAAUCCGCACUGCUCUGGACAUCAAGAUCGCCAAGGGGGGUGUUGAUAAGCACCAAAUGGAUGCUGAGCUGAGAAAAGAGAUGAUGGCAAUUUGGCCCAAUCUCUCACAGAAGACUCUAGACCUGCUGGUCACACCUCACAAGGCGACAGACCUGACAGUGGGGAAGAUUUAUGCAGCCAUGAUGAUUAUGGAGUAUUAUAGACAGAGCAAAGCCAAGCGCACUCAGGCUCUCCGAGAUGAACAGAAUCGAACGCCAUUAAUGUUUCAGCGCCUGGAGCCACCAUCACCGACGCAGAAUGCUGGUCAGGGACUCAAUGGCCUUUCUGAACCACAACCAGACCCUAACAACUUGGCUGUGGAUGGGGGAAUUCCAGAGAGCCAGUCAUGGGUCACAGCCAGAGCUCAGGAGAUGUCUCAGAAAGCAGGCAGCUGGAGCCCAGAAGGCCACCCAACAGAGGACAUGACCGAGAACCGGACCACAUCACAGACGGUAGAGAUGAGAGAGAUGGGGCGGGACGGGUUCUCGGACACUGAGCCCUUCCUGCCAAUGGAAGGCCACAGCAGGGCAGCUUCCAUGCCUCGACUCCCAGCAGACAAUCAAACUAUAACUGACAAUAGCCCUAUGAAGCGGUCAGCCUCGUCAGUUGGUCAUGGCCGUUUGGGUCGGGUGCCACGGGCUGAUGAUUAUGCCAUGGACCGAGUGAUGCCAGAGGAUGGACCAAGGCAUGGACACCGCCGCCGAGACCGCAGCCACCGAGCCUCUGAGAGAUCACUCAGCCGCUACACUGAUGCCGACACAGGUCUAGGCACGGAUCUGAGCACUACCACGCAGUCAGGCGACAUGCCACCCAAAGAGAAAGAACGUGGUCGUGCCAAAGAGCGGCGCCACCACCACCACCACCACCACCAUCACCAUCACAGCUCAGUGGAGAAGGAGCGCUACACACCUGAGAGAGAGCGAGGAGACUAUGGGCACCGGCAGCGCCGCUGGUCCCGGUCACCCAGUGAGGGCAGAGAGUGCCUUACUCACCGACAGGUGGGCUUGCAUGAAAAUCACAUGCUUACCUUGCUCCACAGUGAAUCCAUCGAUACUGAUGGAUUUUGAAGCUCCCUUUGCACUGUGCUGUGUUUUUUUUCCACUGUCCACUGGAACAUGUGUAUGUUUGUAGUAGAGGUCUGUAGGAUUAUGCCAGACAGGAAGAGCCUGAAAUUAGGAUGUAAAAGUUAAUUUAUCAUAAACUUCACAGAGCUUAUUCUAUAGAAAAGAUGACAUGAUGACUGGUUCUAGUUAUUUUCCACCGUUCCAAUGGAAUUCAACUCCUCUUCAUUUGUUUUCUCCUGUUUUGGUCUCUUUUUUGUCUUUGUCCUCUGUGUAACAUGUUGCUUCUCAACAUUGGAUCAUUUCUUUUUUUUGUCGUUUUUGCAUUUGCACUGUCCUGCUUCUCUGUGUGUUUUUUUACUUUUUCACAACUGUACUUUUUCCCUCCUUACUGUUGCUGUGUCGUUGUCUUCUCUCUCCCUCUCUUCCUCUCUCUCUUUCGCUCUUGUUUUGUGGAUAAAUUUUGUCGUUCUUUUUUGUUUUAUUUGCCUUGUCCCAUUUUCAUGUAGGGCAGUAGUUCGGUGAGCGGCAGCCCCGUGCCCUCAACAUCUGGGACGAGCACGCCUCGGCGAGGUCGACGCCAACUGCCCCAGACACCUGCCACCCCACGCCCACACGUCACCUACUCACCUG